ACGGAACUAAAGAAGACGCGUCCAUGGUGUCACAGCGGAACAGUUACAGUGUAACAUCAGCAUGUACAUGUGAAUCUUUGGCAUGAUCAAGGCUUUGGUUUCGUGACAUCUGGCCAUGAAGCGAUUGUACAUUGGAGGUCUCGGCCACACUGUGUCGGAGAAGGACCUCAAAGACAGAUUUGGCAAAUUUGGGGAUGUGUCAGAUGUGGAAAUUAUCAGAAGGAAAGAUGAGCAAGGAUCUCCUCUGAAAACAUUUGGCUACAUCAACAUAAACAUCACAGAUGCUGAAUACAAAAGAUGUAUGGGUGUCUUAAAUAAAUCCACAUGGAAAGGUGGAACUUUGCUCAUUCAGCUGGCAAAGGAAAGUUUUCUACAUACACUUGCUGAAGAACGACAGCAAAUGGUUGAAAAGACCAAUACCCCAAAGAUCAUCCCUCAGGAGAAAUUAGUAGACUCACUUAAAGCAGCCGGUGUUGAAAAUUUCCACAUGAAAGCUGCUGUUCCAGGGACGGAAAUUCCUGGCCAUAAGGAUUGGGUUGUGAGUAAAUUUGGGAGGGUCCUUCCUGUCCUGAAUCUCAAAUGUAAAGGAAAAAGCAAAAUCUUCAAGUAUGAUCCAUCCAAACACUGCCAUAACAUCAAGAGACUGGAGACUGCGGACGACGUCACAUCAGUGUCCAAACUGACAUGGGAGAUGGAAGGUGGAGAUGAUGAAAUCAGUAAGAAAAGGAGAGGAGAGUUUCCAAAGCAGAAACCGUGUCCCAAAAGACCUAAAGUAGACUUGAGUUCAUUUCUUAGCAAUGUGGCUCAGAGCAGUAGAAGUAAUGCGGCUGCCAUUGGAAACGAGAACAAAGCGGUGAUCCAACAAAACGGACUCUCAGGAAAACAAAGACCUGUUGUUGAAAAGCCAGUUUGUGUUUUGAACAGUGAUGCUGACUCUGAAGACGAAAUCAGGAUGUUGGUUUCUCAAGAACAUUCGAGGAACCCAAAACAAACCUCUGCAGAGGAUGACGAUGACAACCUGGAGGUGGUGGGAGAUGAUUUUGCUGUUAAAUCUAACGCUUUUUGGGGCACAACGGAACAAGAUGGCGAAAAAUCGCUAUUAACUACAUCAAAAGAUGAUGAGGAUUACGAUUCAGCGGACACCGAUGAAAUACUAACCCAGAGAAAGACCCAAAAAACACAAGUUGGCCAAGAAUCCCAAACAAAGUCCAGUAGAAACAAAUCUUCGUCUGAAUCUGACGGUGGUAGCGACGAGGUAUCGGAUGAUGAUGUUAGCAUAGAUUCUGAAUAUGAAGCCAUGAUGGGGAAAUGCUGCCGCUUAGAGCUCUCCCUAGCGGAUUUGGAGCAGCUAGCUAAAAACACAGAGGAGAUUUCAGAUGAUGAAAGUGUAGAAGAACCCAAAGAAGAAAUCAAGACCCCGAGCGCACCACUCAAAAGACGAGGUAUUAACCCUGAAGAUAUUCUAGCUUCGCUUUUUAAAGGCUACACCCCUGAAAAAGAAAGUAAGAAUCGGGUGACCAAGGGAUCUCUUCCAGCUUUCAUUGGAACAAAGGAUCUCUUUGGAGGUCCAGAGCCCAUCUUGAAAAGAGUUGCUCAGAGUAUUGACUGUGAAUCUCCUAAAAGACUCAAUUUGAAAGAACGAAGCGUUUCAGAAGAUACAAGUCAGAUACAGUCUUCAACCCGUCCAUCUCAACAGAAGCUGUCCAAUUUAACGGUACAAUCAAGUUCAAAGAAACUUGAAAACCAGUCGUCAGAAGAUGAUUCUUCGAGUGAAGAAGGUGGCGAAUGUGCUGAAGUCGUCACAUCUCCAGCGACACAGUCGGUAGGUACCAUCUCUGAAACCAAACUGAAGACUGUUAGCUCUAACUCAAACACCCCAAUCAAACCCAAGAUGACGAAUCCCUCCAGAUCUUCCAGUAGUGACUCAGAGAGCAGCGAGAGUGAAGAUAGUUCUGAAGUCAUCACUUCUAAAACGUCCUCAGUGACACAAUCGAUAAGAACCAACCCUAAAACCAAACUGAAGACUGUUAGCUCGAACUCAAACACCCCAAUCAAACCCAAGAAGACGAAGCUCUCCAGAUCUUCCAGUAGUGACUCUUCUAGUAAGGAAUCGGAGACUAGUGAUGAUGAGGAGAAGUCCAGGCCUCAGCCAAAGGAUUGCAAACCAGUCGAUUCACAGUUGAAAGUUGAGUCGCAUUCAACAGUUCUUCACUCAACGGUCAUAGACGCUCAGAAACAACAGAAGGACAACCAGAAACGUCUUGCGGCGCUGGAGCAACGACAGAAAGAGGCCGAACAGCAGAAGAAACUCAUUCAGGGGGCUCUUUCCAGCGUGGACAAGGUGGAAACGAACAAAGGCAAACACAUUGUGUUUGAUUCUGAUGAAGAAGAGGACAAAACCACAAACAAACCAGAAGAACAACCAACAAGCCAGAAAAAAAGCCUUUUUAAGGACGAUUCUGAACCCGAUGAUCAACAAGCGUCCACAUCAAAAGAAAAGGAGAACAAAAAGCCAGGUUGCAACAAGCUGUUCAACAGUGACGAUGAGGAUGAUGAUGAUGCUGAGGAUGAUGGUUUCCAGAUAAAGCCUCAGUUUGAGGGCAAAGCUGGACAGAAGCUCAUGAAGCUGCAGGCUAGAUUCGGAACAGAUUCGAGAUUCCAGAUCGAUUCGAGAUUUCUGGAAAGCGACGAUGAGACUGAAGAAAAAGAUGCUGCGGCUCCAGAAAAAGAUGCAGAAAAGCAACUUCUUGAAGAGAAAAAGAAAAGUCUAGACAUCCUCCAGAGCAUUUUAAACACGAGCAUACAGCCACAAAACACCAAAAAGACCAAGACAUUCAAAGAUGUUUCGAGUCUGCAUUACGACCCAACACAAGAGGAACACGCCGCUUUUGAAUCCAAGAUCGAGCAGCCGAAGAAAGAAAGCAAAGCAGCAAGACGAAAGAAACGCGAAGAGGCUGAAAAACUCCCUGAGGUGUCUAAGGACAUUUACUUUGAGGUGGCGGCGGAUUUGAAGGAGGUCUUCGGGAUGCCCAAAGAAAACCAGGUCGAGAGGGAGACGGUUUCAUGGGACAAAGAGGCAGAAGAGACUGAAGAUAUAAUGACGCCAAUGGAAGUUUCCUUCCCUUCUAAUGUUGAAGUCUAUGAAGACACAUCAGGCGGAUUCAAGUUCUCCUUCUUUGGCGAGGACGGCGCUGCGGAGACGACCACUAAGACAGACGAGUACAAAAUAGAGACGUUAAAAGGAGCCAAGUUCUCUUGGCAAGUGGACCCUCGUUUCCAGGACAGCAGUUCAGACGAGGAAGGCGUGGACGAGGUUGAGGAGGACCAAUCCGCUUCCAGCAAAAUCACAGAGGAACCAACACCAUUAAAAAAGAGGUUUUUCUUUUUCUAUCAAGAUGACGAACGGUUAAAAGAGGGGCCGGGAAUGUUCUGUAGAAGCGGAAAACUUGGAGACCAGAGGGAAGCCUGGGAAGAGAAGAGGACGUCACUCAGAGAUGAGUGUCGCAAGAAACACAGAGAUGCCAAAAGACGCCAGAGGCCGUCGCUGAAGACCUGAACAAUUCUUACAGAAAACUGGUUUUCAGAGACAUUGUUGCACCCAUUCAUAUUCUGUUUAAUAGCUGUAAUUUAUUCUUCAAAAUAACAGCAUCUAAUGCAUAUUCCCUUUGUAUGAUUGAAACAUGUUUUCGAUUGAAUAAAUGUUGGUUUGUACCACUA